AUGUCUGAUUCUACAUUGAGUCUCGGCUCGUUCGUUUGCUUGCUGAGCCUGGGGUCUAUUGUUCUUUGGUACACUGUCAGUGCAGUCUUAGCUUGGUAUCCUCUACGAAAGAUACCAGCACCAUCCUUCCUUGCCAAAUUCUCGUAUCUUUGGCUUGCAAAAACAACCUACAGCGGAAAACAAUACUGGGUUCACCGCGACUUACACAAAAAACAUGGCCCAUUAGUACGAAUUGGACCAAAAGACAUCAUUACUGAUGAUCCUGAUAUCAUCAAAAAGAUUUCUUCAGCUCGCAGCUCCCACCGUCGAGGGGACUGGUAUUUGACCGGUCGAUUCAAUCCAUAUUAUGACAACAUGUUCACGAUACUGGAGCCAGGCCCUCACGCCAAGGCAAAAGCAAGAGCUGCGCCAGCAUACAGCGGACGCGAUAUGCCUGACUUGGAGGUCGGUGUUAAUGCUCAGCUGCAAACUCUCAUCGGCCUAAUGCGCUCGAAAUACGCAUCUAAUCCUGUCAACCCUCAUCAGCCAUUGCUUGAUCUUGGCCCAUUGUCGACCUUCUUUACCAUGGAUGUGAUUACUCGGCUUGCCUUUGGUGAGGAAUUCGGCUACCUCAAGGAAGAAACCGAUCAAUACAGCUUCCUCCGUGAAGUCCGCGAACUCUGGCCACGGAUGUCAACAUCGGCGGAUACUCCUUGGAUUAGAAAGUUUCUCUUUUCUCCCCCCUUUCUCAAAGUUCUUGGCCCAAAGCCUACUGAUAAAACUGGAUUCGGUGCUUUAAUGGCGAUAGCAGAGCAUCAAGUGGGUAAGAGGUUUGCACCAGAUGCGAAGGAAAAGCAAGACAUGCUUGGUUCAUUCAUCAAGCAUGGUUUUAAUCAGCAGGAGUGCGAAGUCGAAGGCCUCUUCAUGAUUGUUGCUGGAGCAGAAAGCACUGCAUCCGCUAUUCGCUCUACAUUGAUACAUAUAAUGACGUGUCCUCGUGUUUAUCAGAAGCUUAAGGCUGAGAUCAACCUCGCCGUCGCAGAGGGGAAAGUUUCAAGUCCUAUCAAAAUCGAAGAGGCAAAGUCGCUUCCAUUUCUUCAGGCUGUCAUUUACGAAGGCAUUCGUAUGCGUCCUCCUCUUCUAGGACUCUUCCCCAAAAUUGUCCCAGAUGGUGGGGAAGAAUUUCAUGGAAUGUUCAUACCAGCGGGUACAGCAAUCUGUAUGAAUACUUCUUCUCUGUUGAGAUCCACUGCUCUUUUUGGAGAUGAUGCAGACGUCUACAGACCAGAACGUUACAUGGAGCUCGAAAAGUCGAAGAGGGGCGAGAUGGAGCGCAAUGUGGAACUUGCCUUUGGUUAUGGUCAAUACAUGUGUGUUGGAAAAACAGUCGCGUUCAUGGAGCUAAAUAAGUCCGUCUUUGAGAUAUUGCGAGCCUUUGACCUCCAGCUAACGAGCCCCGCCAAACCUUGCGAUGUCCUCAGCUAUGGAGUCUUUCUCGAGUCAAACAUGCUUGUUAAAGUUACUGAAAGUGAGGGUGCAGAAUCAAAAUAG